UCAACCGUCAAGUGAAAUCUGCAGUUGAAUAAAUUUAAUGAAUUUAACAAGAAUUUCAACAUUAAUCUAGCAGCAAUCUCCGUAAAUAAUUAAUUAAGGAUCAUUAGAAAUCAUGUAAAUAAACAGUGAAGCUUAAAAAUGCUGAAAUUCCUGAAAAAUGACAACAAGAAAAAAUCUAUUGAUGACGAGAAGAUACAUGACAUCUUUAGUUUAGAUGAAGCGGAGAGGAUAUAUUUUGAAAAUAAUGAUUGCGCUAGCACGCAUAAUAGCGAUAAAAAAUUGCACAGGAAUCUUCUGGACAUUUUAAACGAUAAAGCAAUUUUAUCGUUUUAUAUACAAUACCUCGAAUCAAAAAACGGACUGCCUUUAGUGAAAUUCUGGCUUGAUGUCGAGACAUUUAAAACAGUCGGUGAUACAACAUCAAGUGUCUUUACAGAUCGUGCUGAAUCUCGAGUCAGUAAUUAUGAUAAUACGAAAAAAGAUAUCCGAAGGAAAUCUUUAGACACUGGAUGUGAUACAUUUAGAGAUUAUGAUUGUGUUUCGAUAUCGACGACAACAAGCAUUAGCAAUUUUGAUGAGACAGAAGAAACUCAUUCAAAUAUUGAAGAUGAAGUUGAUAAUUCAAGAACGCCUGAAAUUGUCGAGCGAAUGACACAAUCACUUACUGACGAUGAAAAGUCAAAAAUAUGCGAGAAUAAUCGCAAGAAGGAUGAUUGUGAUCCAACAGAAACAAACAACAAUAGUAUUACUAGAAAUGGUGAAAAUGAUGAAUCAAGGAAAUUUAAGCCUUUAAUUCUUGAGGAUGCAUUGAGAAUUUACCGAAAGUACUUAGUAACCGAUUCUAUGUACUUAGUCGAAUUGCCAGCAAUAAUUCUAUCAAAAUUGUCUUUAGCUCUCUGUGGCAAUGAUUCAGAGACAGAAAUUGAUUUAAAUAAUUUAUGGCAGGCAUUUGACGAAGCACAGAAUCAUGUCUUUGAAGUCAUGGAAAAAGAAUAUUUAAGUGAAUUUUUAGAGAGUACAUUCUACAGUAAAUACACUAUUGACAUAUUAACAAGUGAUAAUUUGUGUUUCGAAGAAAUUUUAUGCAGUGAAUCAGCACUGUUUUAUUUCAUGGAAUUUUUAGAACAAGAUCGCGAACCUUGUAAAAUACCGUACUUGGAAUUCUGGUUGUCAGCAACAAAUUUUCGUAAGCAAUCGGAUCAAAGUGAUGACUUGAAUAAUGACCAAUUAAGAAUGGAUGCACUUGUGAUAUACGAAAAGUGGUUUUCUCUUCAGGCAACAUCGCCAUUAAAUUUUUCCAAUAAAAUUCGUGUCAAAGUUGAGGAACAAAUUUGCUCCUCAUCAACACCAACGUGCUUCGAUACACCAAUUAAAAUUGUUGAAUUAUAUCUGGAACGGAACUGCUUCAAAAGAUUUAUGAAAUCUCAAUUAUUUUUCAAACAUUUAUCAGAAGUUAUGAGUAAAGUUGAUAUAAGUGAUAAGAAUAUGCACAAUUCGAGUGGAAUCAUAAGAAGGAAUUCAAGCUAUUCACUUAAAUUUCCAUCAAAUGGAAAGCAUCGUCGUACGAAUUCCGAGUCUUUUGAACAUAAAAUGACUCGAAGUAUUUCAGCACAAAAUACACUUCUUGCAGGUCUUGAUUACAAACGAAGCAAUAAAAAUUCAACAGAUUUGCAAAUAGAUUCACGUCAGCUUGUCGAUCCUGAUUUAUUAUGGCACAGACAUAAUUCAACAUCAAAGUUAAGUUUUGGAAGAGUUGAUGCGUACGGAAGAUAUGAACGAGAUUUUGUAAUGCCUACAAAUAAUCACUUUAUUCCAACGUCAAGAUCAUUCCAAUUACAAAAUGACAUAAUUGACAUUGAGAAUCCUCAGUCAAUUUUUGAUCAAUCAAAAUGGAAUAGUACACAAAAUAGGCUGAAAAAUGCUGUAAGAAAGUUUGUUCAUUUACCAGAAGAUACAAUGCAGGAAGAGAUUGCAUGGCAAGUUGCUGAAUUGAUUGUUAAGGAUGUUACAAAUAUCACGUUACAAAAUGAAAAUUUUAAUAAUCAUUCUUAGUUAUAGACAAAUAUUAAACUUCCGUUUCCCGAACAAAUAUCAAGUCCUUUACGUAACUACUUCUUAUAGUCCAAACUACUCAACAACUUGUU